AUGGCAUCACGUUCCGUCCAGCGGAUGACGACUCUGUCCGAGGAGAUCUCGGCCAAGACCAAGAUUAUCACCGACCACCUCACCGCCAAGGGCCUGGAUGCUGCAUCGUUCGAUGUCAAUGGGCUUGUCGAGUUUCCCAUCUCUCAAGACGAUGAAGAGCCAUACAAGGCUCGAUUGCAUCUUAUAGCUCUAACCAAGGAGCUGCAUGACAUUGCUCUCGGCCCAAAGGAAGGGUUGAGGUACUUGGCUUGGGAUUGUGUCAACACUCUUUCUCUUCAAUCAAUAUGGGAAUUCAAAAUUGCCGACGCUGUACCCCUAGAUGGCAUCAUCUCAUAUGAAGAUCUCACAUCAAAAGUCAGGGAGAUGAACAAUGGACUCAACAUCUCCCUGCUCGAUCUACGCCGUCUCAUCCGCCACGCAAUGACAAACAACAUCUUCAUAGAGCCCAAAAAGGGAUUUGUGGCUCAUUCACGUACUUCGCAGCUUAUCCGAGAAGACGCUCCCCUGCGCAACUGGGUUGGUUUCAUGUGCAACGACCUGUGGCUACCAGUUGCCAACGUCAUCCCGGCGAUGAAGAAGUGGCCUGCGAGCGAAGAGUCUACAGAGACUGGCGUCAAUCUCGCGUAUAAGCAGGAUCUUCCUUGGUUCGACUUUAUUCAACAGGAUGCAGUGUUUUCCAGGAGAUAUAAUCUAGCUAUGCAAGCCCAUGGCAGCGGAGAGGGCUAUUCCAUGCAAUCAGUAAUUGAAGGAUAUCCGUGGGGCAAGCUCCCUCAAGAUGCAACAGUAGUCGAUAUGGGUGGCAACCAGGGUUACAUCUCGUUCGCCAUUGCAGAAUCCUUCCCGAAUCUCACCUUCGUCGUCCAAGACACCCCAGGCAUGCGCACCCCGGACACCAUCGGCAAAGUCCCUGACCAUCUCCAACCGAGAGUCGGGCUCACCACCCACGAUUUCUUCACGCCGCAGCCCGUUGUCGCCGACGCUUACUUCUUCCGCAUGAUCUUUCACGGCUUUUCAGACAAAUACUGCCUGCAAAUUCUUCGAGCGCUGAUCCCUUCGCUAAGGAAAGGAGCAAAGGUCAUCAUCAACGACGGUGCUUUACCGGAACCUGGUACGGCCGGAUACAUUGAGGAGAGGACCAUGAGGACGCUGGACCUGUUCAUGCAAGUCACUGUAAACGCCAGGGAGAGGGAGCCGGAUGAUUGGAGGCAAUUGUUUGCGAGGGCAGAUGAUCGGUUCAAGUUUAACGACAUUUGGAGACCGGAGAAGUCGAGGAUGUGGUUCAUCGAGGCAGAGUGGACUGGGGAGUGA